AUGUCGUCGACUGCCCUCCCCAAGCGCGUUGCGCUGCACCGCAACCCGGCCACCGACUCCUCAAUGCCCUCAUCGGUGUCGGCCUCUCCCUUUGACAGCCCGCGUCAGUCGCCCUCGUCGACUUCGCUGUCCUCCAUGGGUUCAGAGCCGGAAGUCCAGACCAAGAUGCUGGACACCUAUGGCAAUGAAUUCAAGAUCCCCGACUUCACCAUCAAGCAGAUCCGUGAUGCCAUCCCAGCUCACUGCUACCACCGCUCCGCCGUCACCAGCCUCUACUAUGUCUUCCGGGAUAUGGCUAUCCUGGCAUCCGUCUUCUACCUCUUCCACAACUAUGUCACCCCAGAGACCAUUCCCUCAAUGCCCCUCCGUGUGGCUCUCUGGACGGUCUAUACCGUCAUUCAGGGUCUCGUGGGUACCGGUGUCUGGGUGUUGGCCCACGAGUGUGGUCACCAGGCCUUCUCCCCCUCCAAGGUGCUCAACGACACUGUUGGUUGGAUCUGCCACUCCCUGCUGUUGGUCCCUUACUUCUCCUGGAAGAUCUCGCACGGCAAGCACCACAAGGCCACCGGCAAUCUCGCCCGUGACAUGGUCUUCGUUCCCAAGACUCGCAGCGACUAUGCUACACGCAUCGGCAAGACCAUCUACGAGCUCAGCGAGCUGGUGGAGGAGACUCCCAUUGCCACUGCCACUCACAUGGUCGGCCAGCAGCUGUUUGGCUGGAUCCUGUAUCUUCUGACCAACGUCACCGGUCACAACAACCAUGAGAAGCAGCCCGAAGGCCGUGGCAAGGGCAAGAAGAACGGCUGGGGUGGUGGUGUCAACCACUUCAACCCUUCCAGCCCUCUGUACGAGGCCAAGGACGCCAAGCUCAUCGUUCUCAGCGACCUGGGUUUGCUCAUGACCGGUUCCAUUCUCUACUAUGUCGGCUCCACCUAUGGAUGGAUGAACCUCCUGGUGUGGUACGGCAUUCCCUACCUCUGGGUCAACCACUGGCUGGUUGCCAUCACCUUCUUGCAGCACACCGACCCCACUCUCCCUCACUACGAGCCUGAGGUGUGGAGCUUUGCUCGUGGCGCUGCUGCCACUAUCGACCGUGACUUUGGCUUCGUCGGUCGUCACAUCUUCCACGGCAUCAUCGAGACCCAUGUGCUGCACCACUACGUCAGCUCGAUCCCCUUCUACAACGCCGACGAGGCCAGCGAGGCCAUCAAGAAGGUCAUGGGAUCCCACUACCGCACUGAGGCUCACACCGGCUGGACUGGUUUCUUCAAGGCCAUGUGGACCUCUGCUCGUGCCUGCCAGUGGGUUGAGCCCACCGAGGGUGCUCGCGGCGAAAGCAAGGGUGUCUUGUUCUUCCGCAACACCAACGGUAUCGGUGUUCCCCCUACCAAGAUCACUGCCCAAUAG